CUCCAGUGAAAAUACAAACCCAUACGUUAGCUUGUACCAGCACCAAAAUCAACAUGACGCCAGGAAGAAAACACUUUGAUUGGCCUGACUGACGUCAUGAGACCACCUUUGCUUCUUCUGGGUCUGUCAGUGGCAGUGCUCCUCUGUGCUGACGUGCUGGCUCAGACCCCGGUGGAGAUCCAAUUCCAGACGGACCCGGUGGUGGUGCAGACCGGUACACAGAUAGUAUUCACAGUGGUCACCGUCCCUAAUGUCUUAUCCAUUACAUGGCAGUACCAAGGUGGGGUGACUCUGGGUCUGUGGGCCGGAGGAUCCGCCGUCAUAAACCAGGUACCCCAGUUCCAGGGACGGGUCACCAUCACGGCCACCCAGCUCAGAAUAGGAAGCGCCCAGCUCAAUGAUGCAGGGACAUACACGGCGCAGGUAAUCCCCGACGCUUCCACGGGCCUGGGCCAGAACUCCAGAUCGGUACAGCUGAGAGUGUUUGAUGCAAUAACUGGGGUGAACUUAUUUGUUCCCUCAGUCGCAGUCGAGGGAAGAAAUAUCUCUCUGACUUGUACAUGGACGGCAGGGACAAAUCCUCAAGUCCAGUGGGGUAAAGAUGGCACAACCAUCACUGCCGGAUCCAGGAUCACCAUCUCGGGCGGCUCGCUCAUCAUCAACCCGGCCAGGCGCAGUGAUGCAGGGGAGUACACCUGUACCGUCAGCAACCCCGUCAGCGCUCUCACGGCCACACGGAGCCUCACUGUCUACUACGGCCCUGAUACCCCUGUGUUGACCAAAGACGCUCCGAAGGACUGUGUCGGGGAUGGAGACGUUAUGUCGGGAAAGACAGUGCGUCUUACCUGUGUCUCUGACUCGCUGCCCCCCGCCCUCUACUCAUGGCAACGCGAUGGACAGGCGGUCACGUCCAGCCAGCCGGACAGCGGGGUCCUCACCGUUCAGACCUCCUCGACCAAUGACAGCGGCCGGUACACCUGCACAGCCCGAAACAGCAUCACAGAAGGCACGUCGGAGCAAGGCACAGACUUGGCCGUCGUAGACACAUGCCUCGAUGUAGGGGAAGUAGUGGCGAUUGUUAUUUGUUCUGUGAUCUUGCUCAUAAUUGUCAUCAUCAUCAUUGUUAUUCUUCUCUGCCGCAAGAUAAGGGCCGACAAAAGACAAAGGCAAAUGCAAACUUUGGGCGCACAGAUGACCAGCUCAAAUCCAAGGCCUAUACCUCCAGAUCCACAACGUAAUGGUGCGAGGGAUUUGGGCCAAGGUCUCCAGCCCCCCCUAUAUCAGUCAAAUGCACGCCACCCUGCCCACUUAUACACAUCUGCUCUGCCUCUGAACGGCCACGCCAACGCCAACGCACGCCACCACAAUGGUCAUUCCCGUGCAAACAGUCUCCAACACAAUGCCAUUCAGAACAGUAAUUCAAACCCACACAAUGGCAUCGACAACCCCGUUUUUACUGAAGUUCAGGAUGCAAACGCGCACCCAAACACACACAAUCCUAACAUUCUUAUACACACUGGCACGGCUCAGGGUGGCGUCCAACCGACAGCAGUUCAUGUAAACCUUAACACGCUGCCACAAAGUGCUCAACAAAGCAACAAUGGACAAAUUCCAACUAUUCAUUUAAAUCUUAAUUCAUUUUCGACCAAUGACCAACAAACGCAGCAAGAAAGCUCAGCGCAGCCUGUGACCAGUCCAGCCAAUAAUUACACAUCACAAACCCAACAGAAUCUGACACGCAUAAUGUCAAGAAUGCAAAGUGGUCAGCCUGCUCCUAGUAACCCCCAUCAAGCAGACCCAGGUCCACAGAUCCAGCCUGGGCUUAUCCCAACUGGGUACACACACUAUAACAGCAAUAACACUGCUCAAAGAAAUGCAAACACACAAACAUACCAGCAACACUCAGAGACCCACACCAGGUCUGGCACAGACCCCAGAGGGCAGAACGCCAGCUCGGCUCAUCGACAGAUGCCAUGGGAUCGUCUCAGAGGCACGCCAGCAUAUCCCAGUGACAAUCCACAAAGAGGACCAAUGUCACCUGGGUUCACCUCUGACAGCACAGACUACACAACCCAUCCACCCAUACGUCGGGCCAGACCGCCAAACACAGCUCAGAGUCAGACCACCUCUCGGCAACAUACGCCUUCAACAGACAGACGGACGCGAAGCCGCUCAGCUGAUGUCAGAAGCACAAACUCCACCAGUGCAACACAGCAUGAGCCUGCGCCCCACACACACAGAAGUACUCGACAAGACAUCAGAGGUCCGCCUGGUAGCCAGACUGCCCCCAGGCAGGAAGUCAGACACAGCAAUAACCCUCAGGCGCUGUCUCUCAUGAGCCAGCCGGCCACUGUGGACCGCUCUGUUAUGCCACAGGGACCCACAACACAGCAGGGACUGGCAGUGCCACAGGGUGCAGAUAUAAGAGCUUUGGCUGAUCCUAAUCACCUUCCACAGGCACACAGAGCAGCACCGAUCCAAACGGCGCCACAAGGCCUGGGCACACAGACACAGCCUGUCAGACAGGAAGCCAAUCAACCUCGCCAAGGAGGCUCUGCUCCAGUCCAGUACCCUAAUGCACAGCCUCAUUCCAGAAGCCUAACCCAGGCUGCACUUCAAGCCCACACACUGAGGAGUCAGACAUUUCAGAAUCGGAAACAACAGACCCAGGCUGCCCUGAUGCAUCCUGGACCUCAGACCCAAACUCCUGCUGUCGCUCCUCCCCCUCCGCCUGUGAUCCCCUUCUCCCAGUUCCAGAGUCUUCCUAAAGAGCGCACCCAACACAGAUCCCCAGCCAGAGGCCCACAGCCCCCCAGGCCUCCUGUUAACAUGCCAGUGGCUCAGAGACCCCAUCAUCGCUCCAAUGGGCCUCAUCACAACACUACAAUGCCCGCCAACCGCCACCAUCAUCACCCACCUGGAAACGGACAUGUUGGGACACACAAGCAUCCCCACCCUCAUGGCCGAGGCCAGGGGCAUCCCCCCCACUUCACCCACCCACAUCAGCAACAGGCUCACAGAGGGAGACCAAGAUGAUGACAGAUGUCAGCAGACUACACUCCUCAACUGUCCCACAUGCACUGCCACAAACAAACAGCUGACAGACGUGAUCCAAUAUACCACCAAGCAAGACUGACUGCACAAGGUUCUGCAUUCGAAAAAAUCUGUCACAAUCUGAAAUCUCAGUAAUACGCUCAGUUUUUCUUUUAGAUAAAAAAAAAAAAAAAAAAAAAAAUGGAAAGAAAGAAAAAUAUGUCUCCCAGGGGGA